AUGCUGCAAGUGGACGCGGGGACCUGUGUUGGCUUCAAGGCGCUGCCCCACCCGCUCACCGCGCUGCCAAAUUCCAAUGGCAGUGACUGGUCGGCUCUCUACCCCCAAUUCACGCUCGAGCAAGCCGUCGCGUACGCCCCCAACCAGUGGGAGCGGGGUCAUGCCCAAGUCCAGAUCGUUGCGCUGACCCUUCGUUCACCGCUGACGCUAUUUCUGUGCAACGACACCGUCUUUCAAGCUGGCACGAUCGAUGGCGCGACCAAGGCAGCGCGACUUCGCGCAGUGUAUACGCAGUUUCAAGCACAGCACCGUGACGUGCGUUCGCUCUUAACGUCGCUGCCGCUUCUGGAUGCCUUUGGCGCCAUUGACACUGCCGUCGUGCUCUGGGACGCGACGACGCCAGAGCUCGUGCUGCCUCACGCGCUGACCUCCAUGGACAGGUUGCACGUCUCGUCGCCGCUGAUGCGUCUGGAAGAGACGAUUCCGCGCGCUUGCUUGCUCGACAGCGCGACUUGGCUCUCGGCACUGCAGCUUGAUCCGUUCACGUCUGUGGCGACGUCCCUGCUGGCUACCAUCGCCAUGCAUUUCAACGCGUCGACUAACGACCUCUAA